UCUCUUCAAGCUUUCUCUUCAUCUCUCCGAAUCGGACUUGCGUGGCUUCGGCUUCUUCCCUGCGAGCAGCUCAUUCGAUUAGAACAAAACUCUGUACAUCUGAUAUCUGUGUGUUAUCAAUGAAAUACUCUUUGUCUACCCUUUCGAAGUGUAAUCUGAAGAAAGCAAUUCAAUCAGCCCAAAGCUGCAAUCCAGUAAGUUCUGUCAAGUUUAAUCCGUAUAAGCAGCAAGCGAUGCUUUUGCGUGGCUGUCGGAUUCCCCCAUUCCAGCUCCACCACUAUCAGACGGACCAUAUCAAAUCUGUCAAUAGGCUGCUUACUUCGUUGGCCGAUGAGAGUUUGGCAGUGGCAACAAAGCUACCACAAGAGUUUGAGGCAUUGGUGCCUCCUAAUCAUGCACCGUCCGAGCUGCAGGAGAUUUGUGAAGUUGUUAUGACCACUAUUGGCGGCCUAGAUGACUUGGAAUCUAGUCUUAAUCAACUCAUAGUUUCAUUGACAUCAUCGCAUAUCACCCAAAUCAUAGAUCUAUGCAAACAUGAGGCACCUACUAGAAGGCUCCUGAGAUUUUUCUUGUGGUCACGUAACAAAUUGAAGGAUGCUUUAAAAGAUGAGGAUUUUAAUCAUGCUAUUCGCGUGGUGGCUGAGAAGAAUGACUACACAGCAAUGGAUAUCUUGUUAUCGGAACUUGAGAAGAAUGGUCACGUUAUGGAGAUGCGAACAUUCAGCCUUGUAGUAGAGAUAUUGGUCAAACUUGGGAGAGAAGAUGAAGCAUUGGGUAUUUUCAAGAAUUUGGACAAGUUCAAUUGCCCUCAAAAUAGUGAAUCAGUAUCUGCCAUUGUCCACGCCCUUUGUGCCAAAGGGCAUACUAAGAGAGCACAAGGGGUGGUAUGGCACCACAAAGAUAAGAUAUCUGGUAUAGAGUUGUCCAUCUAUAAGAGUCUUGUUUAUGGAUGGACCGUGCAGGAGAAUGUAAAAGAGGCGAGAAAAGUUAUACAGGAGAUGAAGUCAUUAGGGUUCAUCCCAGAUUUGUUUUGCUAUAAUACAUUUCUAAGGUGCCUUUGCCAAAGAAAUCUUAGACGUAAUCCUUCAGGUCUUGUUCCUGAAGCUCUGAACGUGAUGAUGGAAAUGAGGUCCUAUAAGAUUUCCCCAAACUCAAUUAGCUACAACAUCAUACUUUCCUGUCUUGGUAAGGCAAGAAGAGUCAAGGAAUCUUGUGAUAUUCUUGAGAAAAUGAAAAUGGCAGGUUGUGGUCAAGAUUGGAUGAGCUACUAUCUUGUUGCAAGAGUUCUGUAUUUGACUGGGAGGUAUGGUAAAGGAAAUAAGAUCAUAGGUGAAAUGAUUGAAAAGGGACUGGUGCCGAAUCGUAAAUUUUAUUAUGAUCUGAUUGGUUUACUUUGUGGUCUUGAGAGAGUGAAUUUUGCUCUAGAGCUCUUUGAAAGAAUGAAGAGAAGCUCAUUGGGUGGUUAUGGGCCAAUAUAUGAUGUGCUGAUUUCAAAGCUAUGUAGAGGAGGAGACUUUGAUAAGGGUAGGGAGCUCUGGGAUGAGGCCAUGGCUUUGGGUGUCACCCUACAUUGCUCUACUGAUGUGUUAGACCCUACUAUCACUGAGGUCUUCAAGCCAGUAAGGAAGGUGCAAGAGGAUGUCCACCUUGAAGCCUGUAGCACGGCCAAGAAGCAGAAAAGUAAUGGCGCGGCCAAGAAGCAGAAAAGUAACGGCAUGGCCAAGAAGAAGAAAAGUAAUGGCGCGGCCAAGAAGAAGAAAAGUAAUGGGCCGUCAUAACAGGUACUUAAUAUCUCUCCCCUCUCAGCUCUUCCAUAACUCCAUUUUAGUCAUGAUAGUAUCAUCAUUCAUUAUUUAUAUCAUAUCACUGUUGCAACAAUGUGAACCAAGGAUAGUUGCUGCCCAUUAUAUCACAAACUUAUAUAUACAGUAGUCUUCAUGUUAAGACGCUACUGCAUUCCCUUGUUAUCUCA